CUCAGGAUGUCGCUAUUGACCAACGUAGUGCAAUUAAAUACUUCUUUCCACCCACUCCUAUAAUAUUCAAAUACAACACAGUGAAGCAGUACAAACAUGGGAGGUAUGAUAAGGGCACAGUGAACAUUUAUUCCAACCUUCUUGGACAUAAGUAGGCUACGUCGUGCGUUUUACAGCACUUGUGUUUUGAGUUUUGUUUUAAUCUACAAAUGUUAAGAUUCAUCGGCCCUGCAAAUAUGAGGAUAAAACGCGGUUGCUUCUUUAGCGCAAAUGGCAUGGCAUGGAUGAUAUUUUUUAUCACCGGAUUUCGCGACUGUCAUGGCGAUCUUAGCUAUUCAGUUCCAGAGGAGAUGAAACGAGGAGCUGUGGUCGGAAAUAUAGCGAAGGAUCUCGGGCUUGGAGAAAGAGGACUAUCACAGCGCAGUGCUCGAAUAGAUUUGAAUGGCAACCGCAAGAGAGUUUUUUGAAUUGAAUAUCCAGACAGGAGAACUGGUGAUUUCUGAAAGGGUUGAUAGAGAAGUAGUGUGUGGCUCGAAGUCCUCGUGCCCUCUAAAAUAUGAACUGGUUUUGGAAAAUCCCUUGGAGUUACAUGGAAUCUUAUUGCAAGUCCAGGAUAUAAACGACAACUCACCUCAGUUUCCAAACGAUGAAAUUAAACUGUCUAUUCCGGAAUCGGCGGUCAAAGGCGCACGCUUUCAUUUGGAUGUGGCGCAGGACUCGGAUGUGGGCAGAAACAGCAUUCAAAGCUAUUCACUGGAGAAGAAUGGCCAUUUCAGCUUAUCAGUACAGACUAAUGCCGAUAGAGUGAAAUACUGCGAGCUGGUUUUAGACAAAGAGCUUGAUCGUGAAGAGCAGCAGGAGUUGACGCUGUUGCUUACUGCUGUUGAUGGAGGCGCACCUCAGAAAUCCGGUAGUGCAACGAUACACGUCACUGUCUUGGACGCUAACGAUAACCGUCCAGUGUUUAGUGAACCUGUUUAUAAAGUCAGUCUACCUGAAAAUACCCCCAUAGGCACCGUGGCUGUUAGUGUCAGUGCCACGGAUGCAGAUGAAGGAACAAACGGCGAGGUGACUUAUGAAUUCAGUCUUAAAUCCGGUAAAGCAGCCGAAAACUUUGCAAUAGAUAAGAUGACAGGAGCGAUCAAAGUAGCUGGACCAAUUGACUUUGAAGAUGAAGCUGAUUAUGAAAUCAGAGUUCAGGCAAAAGACGGCUUUGGUUUAGCCUCAAGUGCAAAAGUUAUUAUGAACAUAAUUGAUGUAAAUGACAAUGCCCCUGUGAUUAAUAUUAAAUCGUUGAAAAAUGCAGUUCCGGAAAAUGCUGCACCAGGGACAGAGGUGGGCAUUAUUAAUGUGCAGGAUGAAGACUCUGACAGAAAUAGUCAGGUGCACUGCUCAAUUCAGCAGAAUGUGCCAUUUAAAUUAAUUCCAUCAAUUAAAAAAUAUUACUCCCUUGUAACAACAAGUGAAUUAGACCGUGAACAGAUCACAGACUAUAAUAUAACUCUCAUUGCUACUGAUGAGGGGAAUCCACCGUUAUCUUCCUCCAAGACAGUCCAUCUCUGUGUCAGAUGUAAAUGAUAACCCCCUGUAUUUGAACAUCAGUCCUACAGCGCAUAUGUGACUGAGAAUAACAAGCCUGGCUCCUCUGUCUGUUCUGUUACUGCGAGAGACCCAGACUGGAGACAGAAUGGCACAGUGUUCUACUCUCUGUUGCCCAGUGAGGUCAAUGGAGUUCCGGUCUCCUCAUAUGUAUCCAUUAAUGGAGACACAGGGGUGAUCCAUGCUGUGAGGGCCUUUGACUAUGAGCAGUUCAGAAGCUUCAAAGUUCAGGUUGUAGCCAGAGACAAUGGUUCUCCUCCACUCAGCAGCAACGUGACUGUGAGUGUGUUCAUAACAGAUGAGAAUGAUAACUCUCCUCAGAUAUUAUACCCUACUCCAGAAGGAAACUCCUUCAUGACUGAGAUGGUUCCUAAAGCUGCUGUUUCUGGCUCGCUGGUCUCCAAAGUGAUCGCUGUUGAUGCUGACUCUGGACAGAACGCGUGGCUGUCGUAUCAGAUUGUGAAGUCGACUGAUCCGGGACUUUUCACUAUUGGUCUCCACAGUGGAGAGAUCAGGGCUCA